AUAUCAGUAAUAGUAAUCAGUAAGUGUUAAAACAUCUCCAUUGUAUAAAGUAUAAUUCAGGCAGUGUUCGGGCACCCUCAACACGCAGGACCCUUUUUGUCCACUAUGGCGGCGCCCGGUGGAUCUCUGAACUGUGAGGACUUUUCAAUGUUUCAGGAAGUUUUAAAAGCGAUGCGCACUAUAGAUGACAGAAUUGUCCAUGCACUUAAUACCACUGUGCCCACUGUAUCCUUUUCAGGCAAAGUGGAUGCCACACAGACCUGCAAAGAGCUCUAUGAGUCUCUUAUGGAAGCUCAUCUUUCUAGAGACAAGGCAAUAAAGGCAUGUAUUACAGAGACCUCUGCUGUCGUCGGGCGGUUACGUGAAGAAAGGGCAAAGGAUAGCGACAACUUGUCAAUUAUCAAGCAACUCAGGAAAGAACAAACUAAGUUAAAACUAAUGCAGUCCGAGUUAAAUGUUGAAGAAGUGGUGAAUGACCGUAGUCUAAAGGUUUUCAACGAAAGGUGUCGAAUUCAUUAUACUUCACCCAGGAUCAAAUGAUUGUCAGUUCUGUCAAGAAAAAUCUGUAGUUCACAAACACUUGUUUUGUGGACAACAUCUUGUGUUGAGCUGGAACAUUGACCCCUGGGAGUCUCUGCUGCUCGUCCCAUAAACCCCUCUCCCCUCCAGUGUGUUAGGUGGCUUUAUGUUCCAGCAGUGAAGGAACACUACGUUUAUCCAAGUCAUGUAUUACUUUUCAUAUAAAUAUUGUACAAAACUGAUUUUAUAAACAAUGAAUUGUUUUCCAAUCACUAAAA